CCGAGCAAAAGAAGGAAAAAGAGAGAGAACUCGUUGGGAAUGGAGGCAAAGAAGGUGACGAACCCCUUAGCCACAAACAGUAGGGCUAGCUGUCUAUGCGAAGGGCUCUGGAGCCUCAGAGAAAGGAUGUUGGGUUGGUUCGACCGGAAAGGAACGACAAAGACUAGAGGGGGGCAGAAAGCCAGCAAGGAGGGGCCAGAUACCAGCAUGGCAGGCGAGGCCAGUAGCUCCGAAGGCGGCCUUAGGAAGAUAGUAUCAUCCCUCACACGAGCACUGAACAAGAACCAAGGUUAUCUGGCAGUCGCCAAGAAAAAGCUGACUUUCGAUGGAGCAAACAUCACGGAGUUCCUGAUCGACUACAAGAACCUGGUUGUGUUACUAAAGUGGACCAAGGAGGAAAAGAUGGACCAUCUAGGACAACAUGUGUCGUUAAGCCUAGGACGGGACAUAAUGACCAUUGUAGCCGCAAGCCGGUCUUGGAAGGAGACCUGGGAUGUGAUGAUGAGGAAGUACCUAGCGCCAGAGAAAAUGGCAACGGAGGCUGACCUAGCGGCAGUUCAGAGGAAGAACUUUGCAACGUACAAUGAUUUCCUACGGGAAUUUACUCUAGUAGCACUAAGGAUCCCCGGGGUCACGAACCGGAUAAUGAGCAAAUAUUUCCUCAGGCAGUUCUCCGAGUUCGACAAAGACAAGAUCCUGUCAGCUUACCAACAAACGAGCAAGUUCGUAAACAUGCGGGAUGUUGACUUUAGCAUGGUAACGGAUCUGGCUGAGAAAACGGUAGUAACAGAAACGUUGGCCUUGCUCAAGAAAGGAGAGAUCAUAGAUUUGACCGGUAGGGCGGGCGACAAGGCUAGCCCUAGGCUGCUCAAAGGGCUCAGACAGCUGUUGACUCGGAGGCGAGUAGAAAUAGGCGACAACCUCGAAUUACCAGAAGGGGAGAGGGAGAAGGAAGCUCCGCAAGAAGUGGCUAGCCUUCAAAGGAGUCACGGGGACUUGGAGGAUCUCGAAAAAGCCUUUGCAGACAUUCGUUUGAGCUUGCCCGACCGGGAGGGAGGCGAAGUCAUGAGAUCACCACUCGGGACAAAGCUUAGCUUUCAUGCACUGCUCGUAGGGAAACUGAGAAUCCAGAUCGGGAGUCAUUAUACCGACGCAUUAGUAGACGGGGGAGCAGAAAUCACUCUCAUAAGGAGAGAUUUCACAACGAUCACGGGAUGUACGGUAAACAAGGAAGUAACAGGGAGCAUCCGAGGAGCUGGCGGGGAAAUCCCGUUCGCUGGGUACGUCACGAAGUGUGUUGUGAAGGCAGGGGUCAGGGAAUCGAUCUGGUCGUUUCAACGGAUGACCGUAAUGGAGGAAAUGGACCACGACAUAAUCCUCGGGAGACCGUGGUGCGCGAACGUGGAGAUGAUAGGCAUGCACUUGUACGAUGGCUCAUACAUGGUAGACAUAGAGGACCAUGUGACCGGCCGUGGAGAGCUCCUCCGACUCCCUGGAACGGGAGGAGACCCCCCGAAGGGGAAAUUGGCGACAUGGUCGCCGUCGUUCGAGGAUAGCAUGCGAAAGGAGGCUUUCGCACAGAUGGAGGGUAUGAGAGAAAGGGUAGAAAUCAUGAUUGAGGAAGCAUUCAACAAGAAGGAGUGGAUCAAGGUGGGCCUGCCCCAGAAGAAGAGGAGGCAGGAGGACGAAGUCCUAGGUGUUAUGGUAGCGGAAAAAGAGUGAGAGGUCGAACUUGGUGCUAGCCUGCCCAAACGAAAAG